AUGCGCUGGUGGAAGACCCUGGCCUUAGCUGCCUGUAUAGGUCAGGCCGCGGCUCAUGCGCGCCCGGACGACCCCCAUCACGGCCUGCCGAAGCUUGCUGGUGCUCGGAAGUUCCUGAGUGAUUUUAAAGGGGCGAGGAGAUGGGAGAGUCGGCCACAGGCCGUGCGAAACGCGAGGACGGCGGAGGCACGGGAGGGACAGGGGCUGGAAGGCCGGGGCGAACUCGAUCCCCGCCAGAGCAGCGGGAGAUGCGGUGCAGGCCGCGGUAGUUGUCAGGCUGGCUACUGCUGUUCAGCUGAAGGCUGGUGUGGGCUAGGGGACGAGUACUGCGUUUCGCCUGAUUGUCAAAUCGACUACGGCCCGGGAUGCGACGGGAAUCAGAGGCCUGACGGUGAAGACAUGGCGGCCAUUCCGCGUCCGAAGCUGGGCCGGCUGCCCUAUGGGGGCGAGGGUAUCUACGACUGCGUCAACCCGGGCGAUAUCGCCAUCACCUUUGAUGACGGCCCGUGGGAAUACACCGGGGACCUCCUCGAUAAACUCGCUAAAUACCAGGCAAAGGCGACGUUCUUCAUCACCGGCAAUAAUUUGGGCAAGGGGAAGAUCAAUGACCCAAGUUAUCCUUGGGCCUCUCUCAUUCAACGAAUGGCUGCCGAAGGCCACCAGAUCGCGAGCCAUACGUGGUCGCACGAGAACUCCAGUCAGAUCUCAACGGCUCAGUUCAACAACCAAAUGAUCUGGAAUGAGAUAGCAUUGAACGACAUCCUCGGAUACUUCCCCACUUACAUGCGGCCUCCCUACUCCAUCUGCCCGGCCUCGUGCCAGACGCAGCUCGCCAACCUCGGGUACCACGUGAUCUACUUCAGCCUCGACACGGAGGGAUACCUGCACGACGACGCGGGGCAGAUCCAGACGAGCAAGGACAUCUGGGACGACGCGGUGGACGGGUCCAGCCCGUGCGAGGACAGCUACCUCGAGAUCGAGCACGACAUCCACUACCAGACCGUCUACAACCUGACCGACUACAUCCUCGAGUCGCUCUUCAGCCACGGCUACCGGUCCGUGACCGUCGGCCAGUGCCUCGGCGACCCUCCCGAGAACUGGUACCGCGCCGGCACCGGCACCGUCCCGCCCUACGACUUCCCCGUCCGCGCCCCGACCGGGACCUGGCCCUGCCUGACCUCGUCCGCGACGUCCACGGGGCCCGCGCCCACCAGCACCCUCGUGCCGUCGAUCGAGGGCAACUGCGGCGACGGAUACACUCUAGACCUCUUCUUUUCCCCUUUCCCUUCCUUUUCAUCUAGCCGCCUCCACCCUCGGCCUGCUAGCAAGUCGGCUCUUUACGAGCACAUAGGUCCCCUGUGCGCUAACUCCAGCCGCAGAUACGGCUGGUGCGGGUCGACGAUAGACUACUGCGGCGAGGGCUGCCAGCCGGCGUUCGGAUCGGGAUGCCAGGCGGACGAGCCGCCGGUUACUUCCACCACCACCACCACCACCACCACUAGUAGUAGUAGUAGUACCACGACGAGUACGGGGACGAGCACCAGCACUAGCACGGGCAGAAGCACCAGCAGCAGCACUAGGAGGAGCACCAGCACCAGCACCAGGAGGAGCACUAGCAGCAGCACUACUAGGAGGAGCACCAGCAGCAGCACGAGCAGGAGCACUAGCACGAGCAGGACCAGCAGCAGCAGCAGCAGCAGCAGUACCAGGAGGAGCACCAGCACCUCGAGAUCGACGUCGACGAGCCGCUCCACCUCGCGGUCGACGUCGACCUCGCGCUCCACCAGCCGGACCUCGACGACAACCCGCGCGGCCGCCGCCGUCGCCGCCGAGGAGACGGGAGGGCCGGGUCAGCGUUAG